UCUGGUUAUUAUCAUACUGCUCAGGGACAAAAUACACACACACACCUUUGCAGUUCUAAUGUCUAGUGUCUUUGUACAAAGACAUAUUUUGUGGCUCGCUUUCAACCACUGGUAAGAGAUUCUUGACUUGCAGUAACAGAUAUCCAGAUAUGCCACUGCAGGUUUUCACCAGCCCAUCCUAUGUUUGCACCAUUUAUAGGAAGCUGUACAGAAAAUGUUGGACCAGGCUGAGAGUCAGCUGGAGAAUGGGGGUCCCUGGAGAAACCCUGAGGCUCCAGAUUUUGGUACGGAGCAAGACCGGGCUAACUGCCCCUUCUUCCUCAAAACUGGAGCCUGCCGCUUUGGUGAUAGGUGCUCUCGUAAGCAUGUCCACCCCCCGUCCAGCCCUACUCUGAUGAUCCGGGGGAUGUUUGCGACUUUCGGGAUGGACCAGAGGUCACGGGACGACUACGAUACAGACGCCUGUCUGGAGCACAGCGAGGAGGAGGUGCAACAGCAGUUUGUGGAUUUCUACGAGGACGUACUUCCUGAGUUCAGGACUGCUGGCAAGGUGGUGCAGUUUAAGGUCAGCUGCAACUUUGAGCCACAUUUGAGAGGAAAUGUUUAUGUCCAGUUUGACAAAGAGGAGCAGUGCAGAGAGGGCUUCAUGAUGUUCAACGGAAGAUGGUACGCUGGUAAACAGCUCCAGUGUGAGUUCUCGCCUGUCACCAGAUGGAAGACUGCUAUAUGUGGUUUGUUCGACCGACAGAAGUGUCCGAAAGGAAAGCACUGCAACUUCCUGCACGUGUACCGUAAUCCUGGAAAUGAGUUCUGGGAGGCGGACAGGGACCUGCACAUGUCCCCCGACCGGGGAGGAGGGGGUACCGGGUCUUUCGCUGGGGGCCGGUUCUCUGAGAGGAGUAACCGCUCCUCCUGGACCGAGAGGUCACAGAGCCGACGGGGGGAGAGGAGCAGGAGGAGUAGGAGCAGGGAAAGCAGAAUAGCCCAAAGGAGAGCCAGUGUUCAGAGUGACAGAUCCUGGACCAGUCGUACCAGCACAAGACCUAGGUCGAGGAGUAGGGACAGAGAUAGGAGAGACAGGAGCAGAGAUAGGAGGGACAGAGGCAGGAGCAGGGACAGAGACAGGCGGGAUGGGAGUAGAGACCGAGAUGGGAGCAAGAGAGGGGGGUGGAAGGGUUCACCCACAGAGGCUAGUAGGGGGAGAUCCAGGUCAGCCAGCCUCGGAGAGUCCUCCAAAAGGAAGAGACAGUGGAGCAGGAGCCCUGGAGAGUCCUCUAAGAGGAAGAGACAGGGGAGCAGGAGCCCCGGAGAGUCCUCCAAAAGGAAGAGACAGGGGAGCAGGAGCCCCGGAGAGUCGUCCAAAAGGAAGAGACAGGGGAGCAGGAGCCCCGGAGAGUCCUCUAAGAGACAGGGGAGCAGGUGCCCCGGAGAGUCCUCUAAGAGACAGGGGAGCAGGAGCCCCGGAGAGUCCUCUAAGAGACAGGGGAGCAGGAGCCCCGGAGAGUCCUCUAAGAGACAGGGGAGCAGGAGCCCUGGAGAGUCCUCCAAAAGGAAGAGACAAGGGAGCAGGAGCCCCGGAGAGUCCUCUAAGAGACAGGGGAGCAGGAGCCCUGGAGAGUCCUCUAAGAGGAAGAGACAGUGGAGCAGGAGCCCUGGAGAGUCCUCCAAAAGGAAGAGACAAGGGAGCAGGAGCCCUGGAGAGUCCUCUAAGAGACAGGGGAGCAGGAGCCCUGGAGAGUCCUCUAAGAGGAAGAGACAGGGGAGCAGGAGCCCCGGGAGAACAUCCAAAAAAGAAAAGCAGCCAGCCAACGACAGCAGCGCCACAGCUCCAACACGCCACAAACACUCCAAAAAAAGCAAAAAGAAGAAGAGCAAGAGGAGGAAACCCAAGAAGGACAAAAAGGGCCAGUCGCCUGGGGGUCAGAGUUCAUCUGCAGAGUCAGGGAAGGAGUCUUGGGAUGAGGUGAAACCCUCUCCAAACCUUGAUGUAGACAGCAGUACACGGACUCCUCAUGAUGUAGACAACACUACCCAGGAGACUGCUAGGGUAAAUGCCAUACUUAGUCUCAUGUUGUCUGAGCCUCUUGAUAAUGCCAAUGCAGUCACUUCAGACAUACAGACCCAGGUCAAGGAGGAGGCUGAGGAUCCCUGUCCACCUAUUGUCCCCUCUCCUAGCCCUGAGGAUGUGGACAUCGCUCAGAAUCCUGGGGCCACGGACAACAGUACUCCUGAGGCAAACGCGCUCUCCCCAGACCUCCAUAGUAUCUUCCUCAAGCAGGAGUAUCCCUCUCUACCCAGUGUGCCUGAAGAGGAAUGUGAACAGGAUUCCCCUGACGAUGAUGAACCAUAGUGGAAUUAAAUUAGUGUUCUGUAUGGACUUCACCGUGACUGCUAUGGCCAUUUUGAAGUGUACACUGAAAUGAAAACAAUCAAUGCAUAAACAUUGUUCACCAAUGCACUGCUCAACCUAGCUUUUACAAAUGUUAGUUUGUUCCAAAUGUAAGAUGUGACCAUUAAAUGUUUUUAUACAUGA